AUGCUUGGACCCCCUGUCAACCUUCCCAAGUGGCUGGAGGAAAACUCCCACCUCCUCAAGCCCCCAAUCAACAAUUACUGCGUCUACAAUGAAGACUUUACCGUCAUGGUUGCGCAACCAACUACUCAAUCAGAUGUUAACUUCGCGCAGAUCGUCGGUGGCCCCAACGCCCGGACGGAUUACCACAUCAACCAAACGCCCGAGUGGUUCUACCAGUACAAGGGCGCCAUGAUGCUCAAGGUCGUCGACGAGGGCGUCUUCAAGGACGUCAUCAUCCGCGAGGGCGAUAUGUUCCUCUUGCCCGGCAACACUCCUCACAACCCUGUGCGCUUCGCCGACACAGUCGGCGUCGUCCUCGAGCAGCGUCGCCCCGAGAGCUCGCUCGACCGCAUGCGCUGGUACUGCGAGUCGUGCCGCGAGAUCGUCCACGAGGCCGCCUUCCACUGCACCGACCUCGGCACCCAGAUCAAGGCCGCCGUAGAGGCCUUCAAGGCCGACGAGCAGGCGCGGACGUGUAAGAAGUGUGGCACCGUCGCGGAGGCGGCGCCGAAGCCCGGGUCGAUCACGAAUCCCAACUUGGAGUGA